AUGGUUCGGUGGAGGUAUUGUUUGGUGCUUGCGGUCCUUUUACUUCUACCUUAUAUAUCCAAAUCACAGGAUGAUGAUGAUGACGAAAAAGUCGAUUCAAACGAUAGUGAUGAGAACGAAGAUGAUGAUGAUGAAGAUGAUCUUAUAGCAGAUAAAGCUGAAGAAAGUGUGGGAAGGCGGGCACCAGCUGUACCACUGCAUACGACGCGUUCAAUUCCAGUAACUAGGACGACUAAAAUGCGCCCUCUGGAAUGCUAUGUUUGCGCAUAUAAGUCUGAUACACCACUCAAAGCGUGUCUGGAUCCUACAAAAUACAGAGUUCAAACGAUCAUCUGUCAUAGUGUUGAUGAUAAGUGCUCCACAUCAGUUGUAUCAAAGGGCAACACCUUUGAGGCAGUCAUUCGAGGCUGUAAGUCAGGAUGUAUCGGUUCUCCGGAGACGACGUGUUGUGACUUAAACCGUUGUAAUAAUCAAGCAUUUGCCAUACCAACUGUAGUGGCACCCAAAGCACUGGUGCAAGACAAUAAAUCUUCGAAGAGUAUUCCUCCUUCAGUGUUGUUCUUCGUUACAAUCUUGUUAGUCUUACAGACGGUUGUUAAGGUCACAUUUGUAUAA